UAUUAUAUUGAUACUCUGGACGCCCCUAUAUAUCAAAUGGUUUGGUCCGUUGCUAUGCUAUCUUCUUGUGUAGACAUUCUCCAGGGUGAUGAUGAAGAUGUAGCUAGUUAUUCAGCCUGAAAAUACAUAACAUUAACGUUGUUCGGUUUGAAACGUAAAUUGUGUGUAACGUAACCACAAUUACAAUGGCCGGUAUAAGGAGAGUUAACGGGAAAUUAUCGGGAAUCAACCCAGCUGUCAGUUGCUGUCGCCUGUGUCAGGUUCAGUCUCUGCUUUGUGAAGGUGGCACUGCCACUCCUGAUGGCAUCCUGUGCUCUCUUGGAAUUGACAGCAGAUAUAAUGAGGGGUGCACUGAGCUGGCGAAGUAUCUGUUCUAUGGACUAUAUGGAAGAAAUCAGCUGAAUCUGGAACAUGUCCUCGAGGAAUUUCCUGAUGAAAUGCUGGAUGAUGUAAUCCUGUUGAUCAAGGCAGAGUGUGUUCAUCUGUACUGCAACCCAAUGAACUACAGUUACCUGUUGCCCUACGUGUCCCACUGGAGGAACUUGCAUCUUUACUGCAUGACAAAGGCAGAGUAUGAAGAUGAGGAAGCAGCAGAGGAAUUCAAAAUCUCCAGUUUCGUCACAAUGGUGCAGGACUGCUAUCGUAUUGGAGUACCUUACAGCUCCCAGGGACACAUCCAGAGGUUUGAUAUGUUUAUGAUGGAAAAGUGGCCCCUGAUUCAAGCUUUUGCCCUGGAAGGCAUCGGUGGAGGAAGCUUUUUUACCAUGAAAUACAAGCUAAUGGACAUGAGUGAGAAGCUGUGGCAGGUUUACAAUAGACUCGACCCAGUGUCCCUGGAUAAUCUCCUCACAGAGGACUUGGUUAACUUUGAGAAGCAGUGGAGCGGCUUUUUCUCCAGCAUGGACCUGGAGAGCCAUCUGUCCAUCUUGGAGCUAUCUGAAGCACAGGCAGGCGAGGCAUUCCGUACGUAUUACUCUCAUGGACUGAUUUCAAGCAACAUCACAGAUAAAAGUAAAAGUCAGCAGCCCUUUGUGUUGUUUGGGAAGCAUUCCUCCUCAGAAGAUUUGGAGAGUUAUUCGUUCAACUUUCCCUCCGAGAGUCAUCAGGUCCGCAACACAGGACCUCUGGGUUCUGCAGCCAGACACAUGAUUCUGCAGUGUGUGGCUCCCAAAGGACCUCUAGCCUGCUCUAGAACCUAUUUCUUUGAGACCACCCACACUCCAUACCUUGGAAAUCAAAACACAGAGCAAAAGAAAACGGAAGUCUUGCUUUUGUCACAGAUAUAUUCAGCUGCUGUUCAAGCAGUCCUUUCAGGAAUCAAAUGCUACUCCUGCACCUCCAGCGCUACCAAGGCUAAGGAUGUAGCAGAGAACACCUUUCUCAUGGCUUUGGACUCGAUGAAUUUAAGUCCGUACCGCAGUUCUCUCAGGUCCAAAUGUGAAUUCAGCAUUCAAGCAGUGAAUAUGCAAGGAAGGAUCAUUCCUCUGACUGAUGAAGAAAGCCGUUAUGCAGUUAAAACAGCCUCCAUGACUGUCCAUGACAUCCCAGACCUGCAGUGGGAUAGGGGCGACCUGGGCUCUGUGGUCUUCUCUGAGUCCUUCUUGGAGUCCAGCAUCAACAUUCAACAGAAAGAUGGCACUGUGUCCUCAGACAGUUGCUACGCCAUCCUGACUACAACUGUGCCUCGAUAUGCCUGCUGGCUGAUGGAAUCUGAUGUCAAGCAAUCUGAGCAAGCCCAACAUCUUGCUAAGAAAGAGGAAGGCACGUGUUUGGGAACUGCUCUGACUGUAGCAGAUGCUGCAUAUGUGUUCUCCAGCAGCCAGCUCUCCACACCUGAAGAAGGAAAAAUAAUUUUCUUCUCUGAGGGACUCCUGUUUAUCCAUUCUCAAUACGGAACCUUUACCCUGUCCAAGGAUCACAUCAGCACCAUCAAGUUCUAUGAUCCGGACUCCAGUGCUGUGUCAUCUCUGCUUGUGGAGUAUGAGAGUAGCAUGCUCCCACACCUUCCGUAUCCUCUCCACAGCGCCGACCAUUGUCUGGUCUUUGCUCUCCAGCCCCGGUCAAAGAGCCACAGGGCCUUCUACUCCAAGGUGUUGUCAGUGUGGCAAAACUCUAAAUCUGGACUCACUCUGCAAAUGGUGGACCAGAAGCACCUGACCUGCAACCAGAAAAACAUGCACACCAAACUGCAGAAGCUACAUGACAGUCAGGAGCCGCCCGUGGCCAAACGCAGGGGCAGCCUAAAGACUUCAUACUGCCAGCUGCCGGAGCAGGACAUGUUUCGUCAGCACUUUGCCUUGAGUAGUAUCGGUCAGGAGCCCAUUCUGUAUGACCACCUGGGGGUGCUCUUCCCCUCUGCAGAGCUGAGGAAUCCAGUUAGUAGUCAGGGAGACAAGGUUGUCAUUACCAUCAUCACUGGACUACCAGGAAGCCAUAAGAAGAGACUGUGCAACUUCCUGGUCCAGUUGAAUAAGGAACAUGGGAGGUGGGUGGUGUACGAGCCUGAUCCUGACAGCUGCGACAGCUUCUCAGCCUCUCACCUGCAGCAGUAUUUGUCCAGCUUCCUGGAGAGCCAGAGAGGCCCAGGAGGCAAACCCCGUCUGUUGGUGCUCUCACCUGGAUACACAGAUGUUCUGGAUGUGGUCCAGGCUGUGCUUUUCCACCCUGACCCAGUUGUCCAAGCGUGUUUCACCAUCGGCGCUGUCACUGCUUGUGUGGACCCCCUCGCCUCCUGUAUGGAGCACAGGUUUGCAUUUCCUAAGCUGUUGGAGCAGUGCAGCCAAGGUAUUGUGAGUACAGUGGUGUUCACUGGGCUGACAGCAGAGCAGAAGCGCCCUCUUGUGCAGCAUGUUCAUCAGUUGGUACGCUCUGCCAACCCCACCGCAGCCUUCAUACUGGCAGAGAAAGGAGCUGUCACCAGGAAUGAAGAUGUGAAUCUGAUAUUAUCUGAUAGCAGCUUCAAUGAGCCACAGAUGCUGAGAGCGCGUUAUGUCCUCUACCCUGGAUGGUGCAAAGGGCGAUUCUGUUCCGGUUCUGGGUCUCUGGUCCUCACCCAGCAGCGUGUGGCUUUCAAGCGGCCCCUAGAGAGGCCUCUAUUUGUCACCCGCUGUAAAGCAUUGAAGUCAUCACUAAGGCCAAGCCCCUUCCGAGGAAAUGUGUACAAUGUUUGGGGAAAAGUCCGAUUUUCUGACUCAGACCAACUGAUGGAGGUGAGCUACAACACAGUGAGCGGGACCCUGAGCAUUGUCCCUCUGACCCCGGGCCCCAAAGACACCACCACGCCCUGCUUCCUGAUCUUUGAUGGUGUCGGCCUGACUGAGGAUGGACUGAAGGACUGGCUCCGGCUGUGUGCCAAGCAGAAGCAGACAAAGAAGCCUAAGAAGACUAAAAGUACUUUAUCGCCACAAGAAAUCAAGAGCAUACACAUGACCAGGCACCUGGACCCACUACCACCAGGCUUCUUCUACAACGGUUAUCAAUAUGUUGACAUCUUUGGAGAAAAAAUGAACUUCCAUCCCUACAUGGAAGACUUUAUUAAAGAGUACCUCACCAAGGCCAACCGAGAGGUCGAGCAAUUCAACAGUCAGCUGGAGCUGCAGGGACAGCCUGACCUGUUUGAUCCGUGAUAGAAUCUGUCUGUAUGUCCACUGCCUCCAUCUGUCUUAUUUAACCGUAAGGGGAACCACUGUGGGAGGGACAGGGAGGGCUCCGGGGCUAUGUACUAAACACUCCACUAGAAUGGUCAAUGUGUGGUCACACCACAUGCAUCUGCAGACACUGCUGCUAGAAGUCCAUUCAUUAUCUAUGUACUAUGUCACUUUGUUUCCUAAUUUGUGUGCAAAUGAGCUUUUAAAAAAUGACAUGACCCAUCUGAACCAGUUACACAUGGCAUGGCUGUUUGCCUUACUUCCUACUGCAACACCACCAACUGUACAGAUAGCACUUUGGCGAGUUAGGUAUCAUAUUUAUCAAAUGAAAUUCGACAAAUUGAUGUGGUCACUUGUGUUAAUUCAAAUUAAGACCGGUUUGUCAAGAGAUGAGAGUUGCUCACAACUGCAGACAAAUCUGCAACAUAACGCAACACAAGACUCCAUCUUUAAACCAAUGUGAUUACGCCCCACUAAGCCUACAAGCUAUGGGACUUUCACAAUUGAAGGGAAUUUCCAACUGCACACUCCUACAGCUCGUGCAUUUCUGUUUAUCACAGUUGGCAAAUUAAUGCCUCUAUUUCUGGACAGGCAUGGAUAGCCGUGUGAUUCUGGUGGGCUCCCUUGUGGGGUUUCUCAAGAAUCGCUCCUCCUCUGUUGUCACCCAAUCCAUGGCCCACCUGUUAUCUUGUCUGCGUGCCAUGCUGCAGCAGUGGGAGCGCUUGGCCAUAGGGCUGUAAACAUUGGACAGCCCGUUGGCUGCAGACAACUGAUGGACGAUGCCAUUAAUCACAUAGCUAAACACCAUCCCAGUGCUUUAUUUUAAGACUCCUAAAGUGAAUCUAAUGAAAGUGCAAUAAAGCAGACUUCAGUCCCUGCAACAAAGUGUUGUAGUUAUAAAACAGCCGAGGCCGUCAAGAAACAUAUUGAAUCACUCCAACAGAAAUUUUACCUUAAACCACUGUGUUCUAUUCAUUAUGCUGCUAGUUAAGAGGCUAAAACAGCUCAUA